AAUUAAAUUAAUAACCAAAGACAAUAAGUAGAAAAAGUAGUAUAAGAGUAAAAUGAGAGCAAGGUAAGUAAAAUAAAGAGCUCAAAAUUUAAGUAAAGUGAGCAGAUGUAUUUUAAAGUAAAAAAAGAGCACAAAUGUCUUCAAAAUGAAAAAAUGUUUCAAAAAAAUUCCUUUUAUUUAGCUGUAAGAAGAGGUUAUAAGUGGGAAUAUUUCUCGCCAUCUUCAAACAUAUCUUCCUUCUAGCCGUGGGACAAAUUAAACAGAAAAGAGUUAGAUCAGGAAGUAGUUAAGGAGGUUAAUUCAAAAAUAAAUAUCUCCUCAUAUCAUGGAUGAUAUAGUAGAAAGCUAUUAGGAAUUAUUAGCUCACAAAUACCUCUAAAAUGGAAGGCGCAUUUAAAAAAGAGUUUUGUUAAUUAGCUUGAAAGAUAAAAUUUGGCAAUCUUAUUAAGAAAAAUUAACUUCAGGAUAACCAUCUAGUUUAUUUCUAUAAGAACUAGUAGAAAAGAGCAAAAUAAGCAACUAAGAAAAAGCAAAAAAUGAAUAGAAUACUUAGAAAUAGAUUUAAGUUUCAAAAUGUUAAGCUUCAUAUCUCUAUGAUAAAGAAAAAAAAUUUAAAGCUGAGCGCAUUUCUUUGCCGAAUUUCUAUUCGUUUUAGAAUGCUUUAAAGGAAUAUUUAAGAGAGAAAAUUGAAUGUAAGCAAUAAUACAUUCAAAUAUUAGAGCUUGUAGAUCAAAAGUCACUAAAAUAGUAAUAAGACGAUCAAAAUAAUUGCAAAUUGUAUUCAAUAAUAAAAGAAAUAUUAAAUGUCUAAAGGCAUUAAUAAAAAGGAAAGUAUUUAAAUAAUUAAACUAACAAAGGAAAUUAUUAAACUAAAGUUACCUUAACUUAGAUAUAAAGACAGAAUUUGCUUAAUUUAAUUAUCAAAAAUCAAAUAAACAAAUUCAAUAGAAAAUUAAUUCAUAUCGCUGAAAAUUAAUUGAGUUUUCCUUAACUCAAAUUAAAAAUUGAAAAGCCAAUUUGUACUGAUAAUAAAACCUAAUAAUAGCCUAACAAUUGUAAAUAUCAAGUUGGUUCUCAGUAGUUAAAAUUAUAAAAAUUGAAUUUAUAAGAUCCUUCUAAGCUUAAAUCUAAUAGAGAAUUUAGAAAAUUGAGAAACAUAUUUAAAGUUAAAGAAGAUAAGCUUAUAGGUGGAGGAAUAUGUGGUAGUAAGUAAAGAGUUGGAACUUCAAAUAUAAUUUAAGUAUAAAAAUAGAAAUAAAAUCUAUAAUAAAUUAUUCAUGAAAAGGAUAAACUUGAAUAAGACUUUUAAGUUUAAAAUUCUGAAGAGUAACAACAAAUUGAGGAUGAUGAAAUCACUUUUAAAGAGUUUAAUAAAUAGUAUAAAAAAUAUAUUAAUGAUGAUCAAAUCAGUGAAAAAAUAAUAGAAGGACAUGUAAGAAAGAUUAUUGAAAAAAGUCUUUAUGAAUAUAGAGAAUACAUAAUUUAAGUAGAUAUUAGACAUAAAGUUAUUGAUAUGAUUAAUUUAUUAAUCAAUUAUUUUCUUAUCAUUAGAUAAAGCAAGUCAACUUAGUCAAUACAAUCUGAUAUUAACUUAAUAAAUAGUAAGUUGGAAACACUUAUUAUUUACUGCAAAGA